AAUCAGAAGGGCGGAACGCGGGAUUGGCCGGAGGGCGGCCGUUGCCCGGGAGCUGCGGCCCCGCCCCGCCUCCCUCCUCCCCGGGCUCGGCGCAGGGGCGCAGCGUGGGAAAGGAUGGUUGAGUUUUAACCCGAGGCGAGCGCGAGCGCGAGCAGUGUGUGCGCAGCGCGAGCAGCGGAGCGCGGAGCGGCGCCGCCGUGCUGAACUCCUCCCUGCCCCUGCGCAGCCAGCAUGAAGCGGGCUCACCCCGAGUACAGCUCCUCCGACAGCGAGCUGGACGAGACCAUCGAGGUGGAGAAGGAGAGCGCGGACGAGAAUGGAAACUUGAGUUCGGCUCUGGGUUCCAUGUCCCCGACCACAUCUUCCCAGAUCUUGGCCAGGAAAAGACGGAGAGGCAUCAUCGAGAAGCGCCGACGAGACCGGAUCAAUAACAGUUUGUCUGAGCUGAGGAGGCUGGUACCCAGUGCUUUUGAGAAGCAGGGUUCUGCUAAGCUAGAAAAAGCUGAGAUCUUGCAGAUGACGGUGGAUCACCUGAAAAUGCUGCACACUGCCGGAGGGAAAGGCUACUUCGACGCGCACGCGCUCGCCAUGGACUACCGCAGCCUGGGCUUCCGGGAGUGCCUGGCCGAAGUGGCGCGCUACCUGGGCAUGAUCGAGGGCCUGGACGCCUCCGACCCGCUGCGCGCGCGGCUGGUCUCGCACCUGAACAACUACGCCUCGCAGCGGGAAGCGGCGAGCGGCGCCCACGCCGGCCUCGGCCCCGGGCCCUGGGGCAGCGCCUUCGGACACCACCCGCACGUCGCGCACCCGCUGCUGCUGCCCAGCGGCGGCCUCGGACCCGCGCUGCCCGUGGCCGCUUCCGCCUCCAAGCUCUCGCCGCCGCUGCUGUCCUCCGUGGCCUCGCUGUCCGCCUUCCCCUUCUCCUUCGGCUCCUUCCACCUGCUCGCCCCCGGUGCGCUGAGCCCGUCGGCGCCCGCGCAGGCGGCGGGCCUGGGCAAGCCCUACAGACCGUGGGGCACGGAGAUCGGAGCCUUCUAAAGCGCGGGGCCCGGGCUGGGGGCGCGCGGGGCUGUGUCGCCAACACUACCUUGACGUCGUCGGUAGGAAUGAAAAGGACAAAGGUACACUUUCAGGUAGUUUUUUUUUUUAAAAGACUAAAGGUUUGUUGGUUUACUUUUUUCUUCUUCUUUUUUUUUUUAUCGUGUCGGGUAUUAGCAGUUUUCAAGAACUAGUUGCUGAUUUUUGUUUAAAACGUGAAAUGGAAAUAGUAUAAAGCAACGCUUCGGACAGGUGUGUGCUGGGCCUGCUCUACUCUGUAAACCUCCAGGAGUGAUUCCUCGUGCCGCAGCGUCUUGGGAAUCCUAACCGUUCGUGUGCCUGGUCUGCUUUUCUCCUUGUGUAGCUGUGGUCUGUUUUUAAUUGAUUUUCCAAACCACUGUGCUCAAUGGAACAUGAUUCUGUUUGUUAAUAUUUUGACAGAUUAAAGUGUUGUAUAAGUAAUGUUCUGGGGGGGAGCUAUACUGAAUUUUAUAUUUCCAAACAAAGCGUUGACAAAUCAGAUGAUCAGCUUUAUCCAAGAAAGAGGGGUCAUUCAUUCUCUGCCUCCCACAACAAAAAAGGUGGAUGUCCGAACUACCAGUGGCCCUGCGUCCAUUUGCCCAGCGCCUGUCCUCCGCGGCACUCGCUGCUCUGGAAGUUGGGGCUUAGGAGCUGUGCUCUGGCAGAGCAGGUCCCCAGUUAGAGAACUGGGGGCGGGAAUGAAGACGACUGCGUGGAAUAUGCCUGCAUUUAUUAGUCCCACGCAGUGCAAUGACUUUUUAAUCCCGCACUCAAAUUCACGAGUGUUAGCCCGGGAAGUGGUCAUGGUCUGCAAGAGGUCAGUUGGGUAGCGCAGUGGAACCUGUUAAACGCAGAGCCCGAUUUUCCUGCACAUGCCAGCCUUUCUUUUUAACUGGAGGUUUGUAUGUUGUGUUUUCCUUUUGGUGCAUGGAAAUGUGGUUGCUGAGACAUUUAAAAGGGCUUUGCUGCCUGCUUCUCCUUGCUUUCUUUACCUUGGUUCAGGCUAUAAAAAUACCAUUCUACGGGUUUAUUCCUUCGGCAGGUGUAGUUUCAGUGACCUCCGCUGAGCUGGGUUUGACCUCUGUUGUACUCCUGUGUUGUGACUAAAUAAAAAAGAACGAAGUAUUCUGCUA